AUGUCAACUUAUUAUCAAACAAUAAUGAUGAAAGACUCAAUUGAGAGUACCAUCGGUUCAGAUGACGUAGCGGCAGAGGAAGAGCCACAUUAUCAAAGCAGGUCCAACACCAUUAAUGCUAGCAAUAGCAACAAUAAUAUAACCAUUCAAGACAGUAACAUAUAUCAGUUUCUGUCGAAUAUUAAUGAACGUCUUGUCAAUAUUGAAGCUUACAUAAAAAAGCAGAGAUUUGAACAAUCUUUGGAGGAACUCAAAACUGCUACUGCUGGCGGAGACGUAGCUGAUACCUCGUCUAUAUUUCAAAAUACAAAGACAAGCGACACAUCCAUCAAACACUCUGUCCUUCAAAACCUUCAACCUGUUUCUAUCCGCGAAAAGCCUAUGCAUAGUUCUUCUCAUCUCUAUAAAGACCGCCAAAUGAGAAGAAUUUAUGGUACUAAGCGUAUCAGGAAAGACGAGUAUCAUAUCGAAUCGGAUAUCACUUCUCCGGCUAUUACAGAUGAUGAUGCUGACACAAGCUACCACGUUGAAAAUGAUAAAGACGAAAGCAUGUCAAGCAUAAAACCUUCUUCUUCUAUUUUUAAGGACGCUCUGAACUUGACAUCUUCUAUGUUACAAACAUCUGAAUUUAUCAACAGUAAAACGUUAUUGGCAAAGGAACAAAAGCAAAACUUUAACAGUCAAGGGCAGCCAAACCAAUGUCAGAAAAUGCUCCUACCACGUCAAACACAGUUACAACAAUUGAAUCUCUGCAAAACGGUUAAUACAGUCUCUUCAUCAUCUUCCUCUUCUGGCUGUGAGAAAAAGCAAGCAUCACAUAUUAAGCAAUUGCCGACAAAAGCUGCAUAUCCAACGAGAAGUAGACAAAGAACCAUACCUUACAAAAAGAAUUUGGGUACUUCAACUGAAAUCUUGAAGGAACUUAUAAAAACAUUCAUCAAAAACGACAUGGUGCUCAAGUAUGACGCAGAGGAAGAUGAAGACGUGGAUAUCGAUUACCUUGAAAUGGUAUAUAAGAAUAUCCAGGCUACUGUUCGGGAAUUCUGUUACAAUUCCACCACUUUGCUUCGUCUGAGCGAACAGUAUAAUUUCUGGCAUGAAGUUCCAGCUAAAGAACAAACAGCAAUCUACACUGCUAUUGAGAAAUUAGUUGAGGAUGACUUCUCUGAGGAGGGUAUUCAACUCUCACAAUGUGUAAAUUAUUGGGCAGCGAAAGAGUUUUCACUCAAUUAUUUAAGAAAACGCUUUUUUGACCAGCGAGCAAAUAGGAAAAAUGCUAAAAGGAUCGACUUUGCACAGGAAGAGAAAAAUAUAGUGGGAGUAAAAAAACGUCCGAAGGAGCAGCGACAACAAAGAUCUACUGGUAAUAGUGAAUGUAGAGAGAUUGAGGAAGAAAGAGAAGAUGAAAAAACGGCUUUUCAACGUAUAUCCUUGUGGAAGGAAAUAGAGAGAGUCUAUGAUAAUGUUGACCUGCAAUUCGCCUCAGAAACCGGAAUAAAUGAAGAAGACUGUAUCAUGGGCACAAGAGAAGUAACGGUAAAUAACAAUGCUACCUGUUCAAUCGACAUAGGAGUUGAAUCACAGGCCGAAGAGUCCAUGAUGACACUUAAAGGCUCCAAAAAUUAG